AUGUCAUCUUUUUAUUAUCUAUUAUUUUUUGGUAAUAUAUUACUUCUAUGUAUUUCAUUGACUAAAUCUAUUCCUUUGGAUGGUACGUGUACAAAUUCAAAUGAAUGUGAUGGAGGUAAUGCAACGAUUUGCGAAAAUGAAAAAUGUCAAUGUGAUACACCUUGGUAUACACCAUGCAAUGCAGGAUGCUCUACAGAAUUCGCCUUUGUCUACGAAGGCGAAGAAUGUCGAACUAGAGACAAUUGUUUCAACAACAGUAUAUGUCAUACUGAUAGACGAUGUCGAUGUCAAACAGGUUAUACACCUAUUAAUGGAUUAUGCUACAAAAGUUUAAAUGCAUUAUGUUCAUCUGGGAAUGAAUGUUGGUCUAGAGAUUGUCGUGAAGGAGUAUGUAAAUGUCGUCUUGGCUAUAUACCAAGAGGAGAUAAUAGUCGUUGUCAAAAACAACUUGCUAGAUUAUAUUCCAAUUGGGCUGAGGCUAAUGCAUCAAAUGAUUUUUGUUAUGAUUCAAUUGAGGGUGCUUGUCUUGAUAUUAAUGCUGUAUGUAAAAAUGAUUCACAACGUGCAGAAAAAUUUUGUCAAUGUCCAUCAGAUUAUAAUCCUAAUUAUCAAACUCAAGAAUGUGAAUGGAAAGUAUACAGUGGAGCAUUAUCACCAUCAACUAUAACAUUACCAUAUGAAGAAUGUGGUACAUGUAGAGAUGAAAAUGCUUUAUGUGCUCAUGUUGGUAAUCAAACAACAUGUUGGUGUCAAGCCGGUUUUAUCAAUGUGGAUAAUGUUUGUAGAAACGAACAUUUGGAUUUUACUUUUCCAAACGAAAACGAUAUAAAUCGACAUCAAUAUAUUUUAAAUAAUUGUUGGACUAAUGGAACUAAUAAUACACAAGUAGUAUACAAUGGUUUAUGUGUAUGUGCACCUGGCUAUGAAUUUGUAAAUGCAAGAACACCAUGCCGACCUAUUAUACCAAAAUGGGAAAAUGAUAAUUUUGAAUAUGGUGUAUGUACACGUAUAACGUCAAAUGGUUCUCCUAUAGAAGAACAUGGCUUAUGUCCUUCACCAUUAAGUUGUCAACCACGACAAGAUAAAUAUGUAUGUUCAUGUGGUCAUAAUAAAUAUUGGGAUGAAAGUAACAAUACUUGCUAUUAUUUCUUGGAAAGAGAUUUGACGUCUUUGAUUACUUCGGGAUGCCCACCGAAUUCAAUGCCUAAUGGUACACAAUGUCGGUGUUCACCGGAUGGUCAAUAUACAGUGUCUAGCGAUAAGAAACGAUGCGAAAUUAGAUUAGCUAUUGAAGACUUUGAUGCACGAUGUACUAAUAAUUCACCAUUUGAUAGUACCUGUGAGACAUUAUUUGGUACCCAUACAAAAUUUUGUACAACAGGAGAAUGUCGAUGUGUACCUGGUCGUUCAUACUACAGCAAUGGCAGAUGUGUAACAUAUCUCUAUACUAUUGAUCCUACUACCGGCGGUCACUGUCCAUCAAAUGCCGAAAGAAGAAAUAACCAAUGUCAAUGUAAUCUUGGAUAUCGAGCUGCUGCUGAUGGCAAUCGUACUUGUGCACGAGUAUCUACUCAAUUGUAUGAAUCAAUAGCUAAUCCACCAUCAAGUAUUUAUACUGAUGUAUUGACAUCAGAUUGCAAAGCAUUGUACCUCAAUGGACCUGUUAGAGCUUUUAACAAUGCAUGCAUGUGUGAGAAUGGUACAUUUAUCUCUGGUCCAACUUGCGUUUUCUAUUUAUCGUACACUCCACUUCCUACAGAUGGUACCAAUUUAUACUGUCCACCGCUUGCUAUUCCAGAUCCUAGUGGUCAAGGAUGCAUGUGUAUAUCAGGUUACAAAAAUGCUGGUGAUAAUCGUACUUGUGUACGAAUUACAGAUCGUGUUUACGAAUAUGAUGCUAUAAAUGUUAUCAAUAUCGCAGGACUAACAGUUCAACAUUGUCGAGCAUUAUUUGGAAAUGCUGCAGAAGUAGCACAGAAUAAUACUUAUUGUAGAUGUCGAGAUCCAAGUAUUGCCUUUUGGGAUAACAAUAGAUGUUAUUUUCUUGUUGAAACAAAUCAAGCAGAAGCAGCCGCCCAACAACAUUGUCCAAUAUCUUCUAUACAAAAUGGUACAAUUUGUCAAUGUCCAUCAGGAUAUGAACCAAUUGAAUCGAAACGAGGAUGUGUACGAAAAGCAGUCUUUUCUUCAAAUCUUCAAACAAUAGAUCUAAACACUUUUACAACAUCAUGUGAUACAAGAUAUAAUGAUAAUGAUUGUGAAGGUUUACAUGGUAUUGGUGCUGUUUGUCGUAAUAAUACUUGUUAUUGUAAUCGACAUCUAAGUUUUGUUUCUGAUGAUCGUUGUGAACUUUUCUCACAAUUUAUAUUUCCUGGUCAACAUGAACGUUAUUCAAGAACAUGUAAUAUUCAAGAAGAUUGUGGUAUCGAUUCAGAUCAAAAUGGAAUUGAAUGUGGCUUUAUAAAUAACAUUACGGAUAAUUAUAGAGUAUGCAAAUGUAAACCAGACUAUUAUUUUAAUCCAAUUGAUUCAAGAUGCGUUAAAAGUCAAUGUUAUCCAGAAUGUUCAAAUACGGAAGAUUGUAUCAAUUACAAAUGUGUUUGUCAAGUUGGACACUAUCGAGAUUCUUCUGGACAGUGUGUACCUAUUACUACAGUAUUAACACUUCAUCAGAGAUGUAAUGUAACAAUUUGGAAUGCAGUAACAUCUGUCAAUAAUGAACUUAUCUGUUCUCCAACUUGUGAACGAGCUGAAUGUGCUUCUGGUUAUCGUGAUACUGGUUUACAAUGCGUGAAAAUCAGUUUUAAUGAUUAUUGUGCAUAUUCACCAGAUCAAUGUAUUCAAUUUAGUCCAAAUUCUUUAUGUUAUACAGAUGACAAUAAAUGUGUUUGUAAUACUGGUUAUUAUGAAACUGAUGGUGAUAGAAUCUGUGCUCGAUCUGUUAAUGGUCGUUGUGUAAAUCAUGAAGAUUGUGGUAAUCGUGGUGAAUGUCUUAAGAGUCGUUGUCGAUGUAGAACAGGUGCAAGAGAAGAAGAAGGUUCUGAUGCAUUCGGACGAAAAAUUAUACGUUGUGUUAAUGGUGGUGAUCAAAUACGAUUUAGUGUGAUUUCAUUAUUAAUCUUUGUAUUUGUUCGCUUAUUCUUCAUAUAA